AUGAAACUCAGAGUGAAAAGGUCAUUUUUCGCCAUAUCAUUGUGUUGCCUGCUUCACGUGCACCAGACUUCGGCGCGCGAUUCCCGGCAGCGCUCGGAAGUGUUCAUAGACAGUGAGGAAGUUAUAUUCGAUGGAGUCGGCUACGAAGUUCACGAUGAUUGGAGACCGAUGACCGAGGAGCCCGUCGAUCUCAAGCAGCGUCCUACAUCGCCUCCGAGAACAACGAUCACAGAAAUCCCCCGGACGAAGGACAUCACGUCCCAGACAACCUCGACGGCAACGACCGCGGGCUCGAUACAAAGAGACUCGGUGGGAACGACCACUGUUUCGCCAGUGAAAAAAGUUUCGACGGCUUCCGUGGAGCACGCAGCAUCAUCCAAUACGACCGACGGAAUCGCUGCAGUGUCUCCUGGUACGACCAGGGCGCCGUCAGUCGGACUAGCGAACACAACGAUUCCGCUCUCGACAACUGCUAGUACCGCCGCAAAUUUCUCGAGUACGACGCCGAUGCCGCCCGAAAUGCCCUCUGAUUCACAGCCCGAAGAUGAACCAUCGAACACGGACAUUCCAGCUCCUCGGGCUGGCUGUGGUGUGAGCGCAUUCCCUGACGAUGAGCCGGACUUCCGGAUAGUGGGAGGACGCGACGCAGACCGUGGCGAAUGGCCCUGGCAGGUCUCGAUCCGACUGCGGCAUCCCACCGCUGGGAAAUUGGGUCACUGGUGUGGAGGUGCCAUCGUCAACCGCAGGUGGAUCUUAACCGCUGCUCAUUGUAUAGUCAAGAAUUGCUCAUCUUGCAGCCAAAUGUUCGCCCUACCUCAGGCAACAUUCUGGACUGUCCGUCUUGGAGACUACUGGAUCAAAACAACAGAAGGAACUGAGGCAACCAUCAAGGUCUCGCAUAUCUACCCCUUCCCUUGGUACAAGGGUUACGACCAGGACAUCGCGCUGAUUCGUUUGGACUCACCGGCAAACUGGACGAAUUACAUACGACCUGUUUGUCUCCCCAAUGAUGAUGAUGACUUCCAGGGUCUUACUUGUGUGGCGACCGGCUGGGGCAAAGUCGAUAGUAAUGCCAAAGCGUCGAACGUCCUGCAAGAAGUGUUCGUCCGAGUAUUCGAGAGCACAAUCUGCGAUUCUGUCUACCGACCCAGAUUCAAGAUCGGGAUCAAGAAACACCACAUGUGCGCCGGAACAUUAGAUGGCGGCAGAGGAACAUGUCAUGGGGACAGCGGAGGUCCUCUCAUGUGUCGUCUGCAGGAUGGGCGGUGGUAUUUGGCAGGAGUGACAUCCUUCGGGUCCGGAUGUGCGAAACGGGGAUUCCCUGAUGUCUUCUCGAAUGUGCCCCACUACAUGGAAUGGAUCCGUGAGAUGAUGGAACGCCACGAAAGAGAGGACGAAAGAAGAGACCCAACGUGGAACGGGAUUUUCUAG